AUGCGUUUCGUUCUCUUCGUAGCGAUUGUGUUGCUCAGCGUACCGUCAAAGGUCCAUCUUCGCCGCCGUCGCUCCUACUGCCGAGAGGUCACUCUAGAAGAGCGGGAGGAGCUGGCUAAUAUGGUAUUCACCGGGACAGUAGAAAGACUCUACCGGACAAGGAGCGACGUGUACCGGGGUUCGGUUCGAAUCAAACGAAUGAUUAAAGGUGACGAUAACUUAGUAGAAAACACGGUCAUCGUGGACGGAUUUGGUGACCCUCAUAUUUGUUUCAGUGACGUGAGAGAAAGAGACACGCGCAUUUUUAUGGUCAGUCAACUAUCCAAUGGUUACCUUCGUUUAAAUUCCAGCAUAAUUCGAGUGAACAUCCGCACGCUCAACAGAGCAGUUUCUGCAGCCAGAG